AGGAAGGAGGGUUCAAUACGGCGCCGGGUGCGGUGGCCCUAGAAUCCAACAACAACAACAGUUCCUCGAGUCGUCUCAACCCUUAUACCCAACAAUAACAAUCUUAUCUUUACUUCUAAGUAACGGCAGCUAGCAUUCGGUGACUCACCAACACGUCCUCCCUCGCCUGGGGUUCAAUCCGGGUACUUUCAGUUGUGAGACAAACUCGCUACCACUUCGCUACGCGGUACAUAAAGAUGGGGUCCAUGACAGGUCUGCUGAUUUUAACUCAGCCGGUGCGGAAGAUUGUCCCAAGUUUGCCUAAGGUACUGAAGGCAGCAUCUCAGCAUGUUACCAAGACGCUCUACAUUCAUCUUGAUCCUUUGGCAAAGAGCAGACUGCCAGAGAUGAAGCAGUGCCUUGCCCUCUACAGCCACAUUAUCACUAAUAUAUACUCUAGUUCUCCAUCACAGUGUCAAGGUUUGGACGUAAGAAUCCUCAUGGCAGGAUUCAAGGGCUAUUCAGAAGUUCCUUGCAAAACGCACUUCAGAGUCGAUUUAGUAAUGUUUGAUCAAGCAAGAAGUGGCCACGAGUUGGUCGAUUUGGAAAAGAGGUACAACUUCUUUUUAACAGACAGUAGAAGUCAAGUUUUCUUAUUCGAUCAGACAUGUCAAAAUGAUGAGGAAGUGCAGAUUCCACAAGAUCCAACUAACGAAAAAGCAAAUCAAAUUUACUCCAGCGUUGUUAUAGGAGGAACCUUUGAUUGCAUUCAUGGUGGGCACAAAAUCCUUUUAUCUGAAGCACUGUUGAGGUGUAGAGAUCGACUAACAUGUGGUGUAGCAGAUGGACCACUCCUGAAAAACAAAACGCUUGCUGAGCUCAUUGAACCUUGUGACAAGAGAAUUAGUAAUGUAAGAGAACUUGCCGUCGACAUAGAUCCCACUGUUAGUUAUAAUAUUGUACAAAUCACAGAUCCAAUGGGGCCCACAAGAUGGGAUCCUAAUAUGGAUAUGAUUGUAGUGAGUGAAGAAACCAAAAGGGGCAUAAUAAGCAUCAAUGAAGCACGUAGAGAAGCAGGUCUUAAGCUUCUAGAUGGCUAUGUGAUUGGCUUGGUAAAUGACCAGCUUCGAGAAUAUGAAGAAGAGGAGAUGAAAGUCAGUGCAAGUUCCCAAAGAAUGAGACUUCUUGGAACCGUUCUUAAACCCAUCAUCCCCAACCCUAAUAUUGCAAGCCAUCCACACAUUAUUGGCCUGACAGGUGGUUCUGCAAGUGGCAAAUCAAGUGUUGCAAAACGAUUUGCAAAGCUGGGUGCUGGGGUAGUUGACUGUGAUAUACUAGGCCACAAAGCUUAUAAGAAAGACACAAAUUGUUAUAUCAAACUUAUUGAAACCUUUGGCUCUGAUAUUGUCGAUAUUGAUGGUGAAAUUAAUCGUAAGGUCUUAGGUACUAAGGUAUUUGCUGAAAGGGAAGCUCUGCAGACAUUAAAUAACAUUGUUUGGCCAGAAAUAGGACUUUUAGCAAAGAAAUGCAUCAAUGAUUUGGCAGCUGAAGGAUUCAGAGUGAUUAUCCUGGAUGCUGCAGUGCUCCUUGAUGCUGAAUGGGAAGAGUUUUGUCACCAGGUUUGGGUGUGCAUUAUCAAACGACAAGAAGCAAUACAGCGCAUUGUAGAACGCGACGGGAAGUCACAGGAAGAAGCAGAACGAAGAAUUGAUAGUCAGAUGUCCAACGCAGAUCGUGUUGCUCGUGCCAAUGUUGUGUUCUGUACACAGUGGUCCGGAGACUAUACUCAACAGCAAGUUGAAAAAGCUUGGGCCACUCUCAACAAUUACAUUGAUAAUGCAGCAAAUGGUUACAAGGCACAGUUAUAGAUUCUUCUUAAGUUUGUGUGAUAAGUAACUAGUACAGGAGGGCCUCACUUUACAGUACAGUGGACCCCUGCUUAACGAUCACCUCCCAAUGCGACCAAUUAUGUAAGUGUAUUUAUGUAAGUGCGUUUGUACGUGUAUGUUUGGGGGUCUGAAAUGGACUAAUCUAAUUCACAAUAUUCCUUAUGGGAACAAAUUCGGUCAGUACUGGCACCUGAACAUACUUCUGGAAUGAAAAAAUAUCAUAAACCGGGGGUCCACUGUAUUUUGUUAAUUCACACUUCCUACAAUAAAUAUAUUCACCACUCACUAUAAGCAAAGGACAAAAAUAUUUAGUGAGCAAAAUUCAUAUACAGUACACACACUACUUACCUUAAAAUAUUUUCAUAAUUAUAGUGAAUAGUGAAUAUGUUUAUUGUCGGAAGUCUGAAUAAACGAAGAAUGGGUAUUAUUGAAAAUCACUGCAUUAGUGAAACGCUAUAAAAGAAAAUGCUGUAAAACGGGGGCCUCCUGUACUAUAAUAUUCUCUUUUCAGUCGAAGAGACCUGGUGUGACUGUAAGCCGCAGGGAUGAUGCUCCCAGAUAUAACUGCUCUUCAUCCUUUGUUUGAUUUGAAUAAAUAGUGAAUAGUUUCUUAGAAAACUGAGAUUGUAUGCCAGUACUAUUUUAAACAUUUCUUCAUAAAACUUGAUUGAGAAGUAUUGUGUAUAAAAGUUGAUAAACUUUCUCAUGUGGACAUACACAAAUAACCCGCACUUAGAAGAGUGAAACUGGUCCAACUAGUUAAUGAUUAAUGGUCCAAAUUGGACCAUUAACCAGUUGCUAUUCUGGUUAGACAAUGGUCUAACUUGGACUGAAACAUCCUCACAAGUUUCAGUCACCUAAGUGUAGGUUAUUUGUUCAUUGUUCCAGUAACGGUAUUGUGCCUUUCUAGUGUUUGUGUAGACAUAGUGUAGGGUGCAGGAGGCAUCUGAUAAGUCUGUUUUUUACUAUACUCACACACUUAAGUCACUCCAGAUUGCUGCUAUUUACUUCAUAGAUGGGGUAUUGAUAGCCUUGACCAGAGCUGCAACAUGUCUGGCUUGGUGGUCAUCACUGAGUUAAAGAACAGAGCAACAAUGAAUUGCUCUAGGUUAAAUGUAAUGCAUGUGUUGGGGUUUUUCUCUAUGGGGAAGUGGAAGAAAACUCUUCCUCUAAAAGCCAUGCAUGUUUUCAGAGGUGACUAAAAUGCCGGGAGCAAGGGGGUAGUAACCCCUUCUCCUGUAUACAUUACUAAAGUUAAAAAAAAAAGAACUUUUGUUUUUCUUUUUGGGUCAUCCCGCUUCGGCAGGAUACGGCAGGUUUGUUGCUGUCCCUGUUCAUCUACCGGUAGUCAUCUUACACCUGUUGAUCCUGUUCACGUAACAGUAAGCAGGUACCUGGGUGUUAUUCACAUUACACCUGUUGUCCCUGUUUACCUAGCAGUAAGUAAGUACUUGGGUGUUAGAUGACUGGUGUAGGUCACAUCUUGGGAACAAAAUUAACCUCAUUUGCCCGAAACUCUCUGCAUAACCAGGGGCUUUCUAUAUGGUAUGUAAUUGAUGACAGCUGUGGUCUGUACACGUUGUACAUAUUCUUGUAGAAAUAAAAAUUAUUAUUAUUAUUAUACCUGGGUUACAACAACGUGAAGAGGUAGUCUGUUGUAAUCAGUUCAUCACUCUCAGUGCAAGAUAAUCAGUCUCUUAGCAUACAGCAGAAGUUUUUAUAUAGGAGGGUGAGGUGGAGGAGCUUGGUGAUGAGGUCACAUGUGAAUAGGUCACACUAGUGGCAGUAGGUCAUGCUAAACAAACUUUAACAAAAAGAGUUGUGGAAGGCAUCCCUUGUUCCAAGAUUGCAUCAGUAUAAUAUUAAUUUUGUGUCAGAAUGAUACAAUGUUUAUACAGAGUAUUACCUAUUAGGUUAAAUCUGCCCAAAAUGCCUUGGCAUGAUAGGGACUUUAUUUGUACCAAUCAGAUUAUGAAAUGUAAACACACAUUGUAACCCUUGCAAAAAAAAUAAAUUUUGGUUUUAA